AUGGAUCGAUCGAAAGAAGUUAUCAUCAUCGGAGGGGGCGUUUCUGGUCUUGGAAUGGCAGUUCAGUUGAAACGUCUCCUUGGACACAAUAACUUCACUAUCUAUGAAAAAUCGGACAAUAUCGGAGGGACUUGGUGGCACAAUCGCUAUCCUGCUUGUGCGUGUGAUAUCCCGAGUCACUUCUACUCGUAUAGUUUUGCGUUGAAGCAUGACUGGACUACCAUGUACCCGGGUAGAGAUGAGCUCCACGCUUAUUUCUUUUCUGUUGCAGAAAAAUUCAACAUUCUACCGCAUUGUCGCUUCAAUGCCAUGUGUAUUGAUAUGACAUGGGACGAUACACGCUCUCUGUGGGUCGUCACUUUUCAAGACACCAACUCUGGUGAGACCUUCAAACGCACGGCUCCUGUUGUCGUUAGUGCAAUCGGGACCCUUGAUCGCCCAUCGGUUCCUUCGAUUGAAGGCGCCGAUUCUUUCCAAGGGGAGACAUUCCACAGCGCUGAGUGGGAUGGCAAUUUCAAGCCCAGUGGGAAGAGAAUCACCGUCGUGGGAAAUGGCGCGUCAGCUACACAGUUUGUUCCCGAGCUUGUAAAAUCAGUUGGACCCAAGGGAAGGGUUACCCAGCAUGCUCGGAGCUCUCACUGGUGGACAAAGCGGGGAAAUCCUACAUACUCAGAAGCGUUCAAGCUCACAUUGAAGUAUGUACCGCUAGCCGCGCGCCUCUACCGUUUUGUCUUGGCCUGGCAGCUUGAAAGCAUUUUCUUCUCGUUCUACAUGGACAGCAAUGGUGCAGCUAUGCGACAAAAGAUUAGGGAGGCUACCUAUUCUUACAUCGAAGAGGAGGCCCCAGCUAGGUACCGGGAAAUCCUCAAGCCAGAUUACGAACCCGGCUGCAAGCGUCGAGUCAACACUGCCACCUAUCUGAAAUGCCUGCACUCUCCACAAAUGCAGCUCACUAAGGAUGCAAUUGUCAAAAUUGGCCCAGGCUAUGUGGAGACAAAUAGAGGAGAAAAGCUCCCCGCAGAUGCGAUUAUCUACGCCACUGGAUUCCAAACGCAGAAGUGGUUGUUCCCCAUGAAAAUCAAAGGUGUUGAUGGAAAGGAUAUUCAUGAUGUGUGGGACGCAGCAGGGGGAGCUGAAGCCUAUAAAGGAACUGUCGUAUCUGACUUUCCCAACUUUUUCAUUCUCUAUGGGCCUAACGCCGCGAGUGGACAACACUCUGUGAUAUUCCACUCCGAGUGUCAAAUCAACUACUCGUGCCGUCUGUUGCGCCCCGUGCUCAAAGGCAACACUGACUCAAUUAUGGUCAAACACGAAGCACAGAAGCGCGACCUCUCUUGGGUUCAUGAAAAGCUGCAACAUCUGGUCUUUAACAGUGGUUGUCAAAGCUGGUGGAUGAACCCGGUGAGCAAGAAGAAUACUUUCAUCUACCCUGAUCCAAUGUACAAAUAUUGGCUUCGCACUAUUUUCCCUCGAUGGUCUGACUUCAGACUACGCAAAAGUGAGAAGAGAUCUGUGAAAAGAUAUCUCGUACUAGGUUGUCUUGUUGCUGUUGUGGCUACGGGGUACAUAUCUAUCGGUGCGCAGGAUGGAAGUAAGUUCGUCCACGAUACGUGGUCCUGGGCUUUAGAUGGUUUUUCUAGACAGAUGGGGAGUUUUUUCUGA